GCCUUGGGUGCUUCUGCCGCGAUGGCCGCGCUCAGGCUGCUGGGCUCAGCUGUGGGCUGGAGGCUCGCGGCUGCAGCCAGGCCCAUGUACCCCAGCAGGCAGCCACAGCGGGGUCACCGUCUCACGCCCUCAGAUGAUGAAAUGUACCAGAGGACAACCAUCCAGCUUUUGGAAAAAGAGUCCCCAGACAUCAUGUACAUCGAAGGUUAUACCAACCGGGGCUUCACCAUCAGCAAGAACAUGGUGGUGGGACCUUGUGCUGUCUUCUCACAGGCCAUCCUCCAGUGGAAUGUUGGCACGUAUGAGGAUAUCAAUGCUGAGAGCCUUGCCCUGUUCCGCCUCCUGGAGCCCAAGAUAGAAAUCCUGAUACUGGGCACAGGAGAUAAAGUGCAGAGGCUGGAUCCUGCAGUCUUGAAAUUAAUGCGUCAGUGUGGGAUUGCCGUGGAAGUACAAGAUACGCCCAAUGCCUGUGCAACUUUCAACUUCUUGAUAACUGAGCAACGUGUGACAGCUGCUGGACUCAUCCCACCUACUAUGGUUACAGGUGGCUGAGUCUUUUAGGGCAAGCUGAAGAGUCCCUGGCUGGGAAGAGCCUGCCAGGGCAGAAAAGGGAACUUGGCUGUCAUUCCUGCCACCUUCACUGCUGUGCCCGGCAGCCCCGCCUGCUUCCAAGCAGCAUCAGCCAAAGAAAGACGGAUCAUGGCCAAGCGUGUUGUUGCUACAGAGUGAAACACACCAUCCUAGUGUGGGACUGUGAGCUAGUCAAGAGUGGAGAAGAGGCAGAAUAUACUUGAAACAGUAUAAUCUGGCAGUGUGUGUGUUCUGGUUUUGCUUCUGUUCAUAUAAGAACAGGACUCAGUUGUGACUCAGCACUGAAAUAGCUGCUACUUUUUUGGAUGUUUUCCUCAAAGGGAAGAAAUGGACAUAUUUAGCCAUCUCCGCUGUACUUUGAAUCAAUCAGUCUUUCUCCCCAUUCCUUA